AUGGCUUUAUCAAAAUUUCCUGAUCUGAAAUUUGACCUAAUAUUUAAGAAAAUCUUUGGCACUGAAAAGAAUAAGAAGAUUCUUAUUCGCUUUCUCAAUGAUAUUUUAGGAUUCACUGAAAUAAAUGCUAUACAAGCGGUAGAAUUCUUAAGCGCUAUAAUCGAUCCUGAAAUUACCUCUGACAAACAAAGCAUAGUUGAUGUUUUCGCAAGG